CGAAAAUGCUGGAAGGGAAAGCUCUGAUAGAGGAUGCAGACAUGCCAUUGAAGAUGCAGCUUGAAGCUAUGGCCUGUGCUUCCCACGCUCUCGAUCUCUACGACGUCCUCGACUGCACAUCCAUGGCCGCGCACAUAAAAAAGGAAUUCGACCGGAGAUAUGGGAGUGGCUGGCAGUGUGUGGUGGGAUCCAACUUUGGGUGUUUCUUCACACACACCAAAGGGACUUUCAUAUACUUCACAUUCCAGACCCUAAGCUUUCUCAUCUUCAAAGCUGCUCCUGUUCCUGUUCCUGUUCCAUACAUAUAAUGAAAACCAUGUUUAUAAUGUAUGUAAGUUAGAUGUGCUAGAAUCCUUAUGUGAA